CGUAGAUCACUUCUAGGCCUUUCUGAUUUCUUUUGCUAGAUAUUUUUAUUAAUUAAAAUUUGUUUAAUUUCAACAAUCACUACUCAAUCCAAUAAAAAUUAUUACAAAUACAUUAGAAAAAUACUAGAACACAAUCACAGUAAUAAGAAACAAUCAGGGGAAAGAUCCCCAUUUAGCAAUAUAUGUGUGGGAAUAGGAGCACUUUAGGGCGCCUCCCCAUUGCUGGGACAAAUCUCAGCUUUUUUCGGGUCGGCGAAGGAAGAUGGCAUUGGGCGGAGUACUUCAGGGCGAUUGACUAUGUAUUCGUCCAGAGAAGGGUGGACGGCGAAGAGGUGGAUGAGGGAAGCGGCGACACGACGAAGGCGAGGUCGAUGCGAGUGCUGGCGAGGCAGACAUGGGGGUUGACGAAGCCGUUACGUGCAAGCGAGCAUGUACGCGUGAGCCCGAGGCAUGCGAGAUCAUUGUAGGCAAGGCCGAGCCCGGCGCAGUCGAGCGCAUGGGUGGCCGGAGAUUGGAGUUAUUUCGCUUCAAGGAGAAAAUAGAUGGUUCUGAGUUUAUUGGGAGAGAGAGACAGGAAGAGACAUGAGCGGGAUUGAUAGAAAAAUAUGUAUUUAUGCUAGGGUUUGAAAGAAUAUUGACUAAAUUAUCCCGACAAUUCUGUGGUGCCGCUACGACACCCAAGCCAUCACAAGUUUUUGGCCGGUUUCAACAAGAUGGUUGGGUUUGUGGUUUUUGGUUGGGCCUAGUUUAGCUAAUAAAUUAAUACAUAAUUA